AUGGAUCAACCAAAGAUCGCCAACGAGAAAGUGGGCUCUUUCGUCUCAGUCGCAUACGGCGAUGUGGAGCCACAAGGAUGGGAUGCGCAGAACACCAAAAGGCUUCUGCGGAAGCUCGACUGGCACAUCAUCCCGUUCAUGUCCUUGAUCUAUUUGUUGUGUUUCCUCGACCGUACGAACAUAGGCAACGCGCGUCUCGAUCACUUAGAGCAGGACCUUAAACUGCAUGGCCUACAGUACAAUGACUGCCUCGCAAUCCUCUUUCCAUUCUAUAUCGCAGCGGAGAUUCCCUCGAACAUAAUGAUGAAGCGAGUGCGGCCAUCCAUUUGGCUGACGUUCAUCAUGUUCUGUUGGUCUGUGUCCAUGAUCGGACAGGGCUUUGUAAAGAAUUAUUCUGGACUAAUGGCGACGCGAGUGUUUCUAGGAGUCUUCGAGGGUGGUUUGUUUCCGGGCGUGAACUACUUUAUUACGCAGUGGUACGUGCGGAAGGAGUGUGGCUUCCGCAUGGCUCUCUUCUUCAGUGCGGCGACACUUGCUGGGGCCUUCGGAGGUAUUUUGGCAAGAGGUAUCGCGGAGAUGAACGGCGUCGGUGGAAGAGCAGCCUGGGCCUGGAUUUUCAUUCUGGAAGGUCUGCUUUCUGUGGUCGUUAGUCUUGCCGCAUACUGGUGUAUCUACGACUACCCUUCCACUGCUCGGUUUCUUACUGAGACAGAACGGGAGGAAGUCCAACGCAGGCUGCAGGCUGAACAAGGCCAUUUGUCGAACGACUUCGACAUGAAGUACGUGUGGCAAGCCAUCGGCGACUGGAAGAUCUACAUCCAUAUGUUCAUUUGCAUGGCAGGUUUCUGUCCCAUCUACAGCUUCGCUCUCUUCCUCCCGACAAUCAUCAAGAGUAUGGGCUACACCGCGAAUGAGGCGCAGCUGAUGUCCGUUCCGCCAUAUGUUGCGGCGUGCUUCUUCACAAUCAUCGCGAGCUGGUAUGCUGAUCGUGUUGGUAAGCGGGGUAUCUUCAUGUUGGGCUUCCAGCUUGUGGCUCUCCUUGGCUUUAGCUUGUUGUGCGGCAGUGGUAAAGCCAGCGUGCAGUAUGCUGGCACAGUGUUUGCUGCGAUUGGUAUCUACCCGCAGAUCCCUCUUGGUAUGGCAUGGAAUAGUGGUAAUAUUGGAGGGAGCUUGAAGCGAGGCACUGGUAUCGCGAUGCAGGUCAUGGGAGGCAACUGUGGUGGUAUAAUCGCGUCGUACGUUUAUGUCUCAAGAGACGGCCCCAGAUACAUCACCGGGCACAGUAUUUUGAUUGGAGUCGUGAGCGCUGCGUUUUUCCUGACCUUAUUUAUGUCGACAUGGUGCCGAUUAGAGAACGCGCGCCGCGAUAAGGUUGCAGCUGAGCGGGGUGUCCAGGAUUUGACGGAAGAGCAGAAGUUGCUCGAGAGAGAGUUGGCCGAUAACGUGCCUUGGUUCAGAUAUGCCGUGUAAAGUUUAACGUUUUCGGUCUGAGUAGAUAGUCUGCGACGCCGACGGGUUCUCAUCUUCUUUGCUGCCUAGAG